GAGCAGCAGGAGACGUUUCCACUGCAAAAGGUGUUGAAAGUGGCAAACAUGGAGAAAGAGUUUGGCAACUACUUCUACCGUAAGCAGCACUUCGAGGCUGCCAAAGGCAGAUACAAAAGGGCGUUCUCCAUCCUUGGUCGCAGCCCUUCCAGUGAGGCAGAGCGGUGUCAGGUUGAUGCUUCCAAGUUGCUGGUGCUCCUGAAUCUCUCACUCACUUACCUGAAAUUGGAACGUCCUGACCAAGCUUUGGCAUAUGGGGAGAAGGCCUUGGAGAUUGACCAAAGAAACGCCAAAGCGCUGUUCAGGUGUGGCCAGGCUUGUCUCUGCAUGUCGGAAUACAAGAAAGCCCGGGAGUUCCUGGUCAGAGCUCAGCAUAUACAGCCGUUUAACCGCGAUAUUAACAACGAGGUGAAAAAGCUGGCAAGAUGCUGCAAGGACUACCUGGAAAAGGAGAAAGAAAUGUGCUGCAAAAUGUUUGCCUCUCUCAACUCUUCUUCUGGCUGA